AUGGCUGUCACUCUUCUUGAAAUUGCUAGAAUAUUUGCAACUAAAGUCCCUGGGAAGAUCGAUGCUGAUGUGCUACAGCUAUUGUGGAAAACGUGUUUGGUUGGGGCUGGUCCUGGUGGGAAACACACAGCUUUGGAAGCAGUCACAAUAGUUCUUGACCUACCACCUCCACAACCUGGAUCAAUGUCAGGUCUUACAUCCAUUGAUAGAGUAUCUGCCUCUGAUCCAAAGUCGGCUCUUGCACUGCAGAGAUUAGUUCAAGCAGCAGUUUGGUUCCUUGGAGAAAAUGCAAAUUAUGCUGCCUCUGAAUAUGCUUGGGAAUCUGCAAUUCCUCCUGGUACAGCACUAAUGAUGUUAGAUGCAGAUAAAAUGGUUGCUGCUGCCAGUUCCCGUAAUCCGACUCUAGUUGGUGCAUUGACUCGACUCCAAAGAUCCGCUUUCAGCGGAAGCUGGGAGGUUCGCAUCAUUGCUGCUCAAGCUCUCACAACUAUGGCAAUUAGAUCUGGUGAGCCAUAUAGGCUGCAGAUUUACGAAUUUUUACACGCUUUAUCACAGGGUGGUGUGCAGUCUCAAUUUUCAGAUAUUCAUAUCAGUAAUGGGGAAGAUCAAGGAGCCAGUGGUACUGGCCUUGGAUCUUUAAUAAAUCCUAUGUUAAAGGUUCUCGAUGAAAUGUAUGGUGCACAAGAUGAAUUGAUAAAGGAGAUGCGCAAUCACGAUAAUGCAAAAAAGGAAUGGACAGAUGAAGAACUUAAGAAGCUGUAUGAAAGCCACGAGAGGCUGUUAGAUCUUGUGUCGUUGUUCUGUUAUGUUCCAAGAGUGAAAUAUCUACCACUUGGGCCAACGAGGUAUAUUUUCUCUGGUGCAUGCUGUCUUCUAGCUGCUAUGAUAUAA